CACUGUAUAAUGUGUCCCUAGAUAAUCUAAGCCUAUAACAGCUAAACUAAUGCUUGUCCCAAUAUAUGUUAUACUGUAAUUUUGACAUCUCUUACAUGAGUUAUUUUAUUUUAGUGAUUCUUAAAAUUCCAUCCACUUUUCACUCCUGGCCUAAACAGACUAUCGUCGAUUCGUAACCAAAUGCAUUUUGUCUCUAUUAUUUAUUAUAUUAGCUACAUCACUUAUCUUUUUUAACAACCGAUAGCCAAUGCAAAGUUAAAAGAACAGGAGCAAUAUAGCCAAGCGAAGGUGGAAGUAAAAUAGGGGAAUCUUCGUAUUUACAACGAUCCUUCUACUCUGUUGUCUGUCCCUUUAAAUUACACUCGGUACUUUCCGCACUCGCUCGGCUCUACUCGAGAUCGUCUCUUUUCACUGCAGCUCCAUCGCCGAGCGAACUAGCCCGCUGCCCUCAUCCAACAUCUCAGCGCUGACUGUCGAAUCCAUCAAACCACCAUCUGCGGCUCCCUGGAAGCUUUGAGCUCGUGCCGAAAUGCAGGCUAUCAAAUGUGUGGUGGUCGGCGACGGGGCUGUUGGUAAGACCUGCCUGCUGAUUAGCUACACCACCAAUGCCUUCCCUGGUGAAUACAUUCCUACUGUCUUUGACAACUACUCUGCAAAUGUGAUGGUUGAUGGGAAACCAGUGAAUCUUGGUCUCUGGGAUACAGCAGGACAGGAGGACUACGAUAGGCUAAGACCACUGUCUUACCCACAGACGGAUGUGUUCUUGAUAUGCUUCUCCCUGGUCAGUCCGGCCUCCUUUGAGAACGUCCGAGCUAAGUGGUACCCUGAGGUGAGACACCAUUGCCCCAACACACCAAUCAUCCUGGUGGGCACAAAGCUAGAUUUGCGAGAUGACAAAGAUACCAUUGAGAGGCUGCGAGACAAGAAGCUUUCUCCCAUUACUUACCCGCAGGGCCUGGCGAUGGCAAGAGAGAUUGGGGCUGUGAAGUACCUGGAGUGCUCUGCGCUCACCCAGCGAGGCCUGAAGACUGUAUUCGAUGAGGCCAUCCGAGCUGUGCUCUGCCCUCCACCAGUAAAGAAAAGGGGGAAAAGGUGUACCAUGUUUUGAAGCGAUAACACUACAUCACCAUGAACAACAACCACUACUUCUCUGAGAGGAUGAGAGAGAAAACUAUAGAGAAUGAGUGUGUACUGCUGAGAUUGCUUUCUUUAUAUUUAUGUUUUAAACAACAAUGAUAGAUUAUUAACUGGGCCCCGUGUUCACUCUGUGGUAAUUAGUAGUGGCAAUUUGAUUAAAUGGUAAACAUAUACUGAAAUGGAAAAUGUUUCAAGGUGACAUCUGAGGCCUGUCUUAUAGAGGGGCCUAGGGUCAAAAUCGAGUGUUAAUAACAUGUAACCAAACUAAAGCCGUUUCCAGACAGGAAGUCGCAACGGAAGAUUCUCCGUUCUGACGCGUUCACAACAGUAUCAAAUCCUCCACAGGAUUCAGGUGAGGACUGGCACAGCGGGCAGAGGCAGGAUGCAACGUAUUAAUAUCGCUGCAAAGAUCACUUUUUUUGUCCUUGACUUCUAGGUGUCUUCACGUUUUCAUCUGGAGAUAUUUGUUUUUUCAUUUUUCCAUCUGUCGCAUGUUAGAAGUGGGAUCAGCGUCCCCAUCCCUCAUGGUGAAUCCUGUGGAAGAUCUCCUGCUGUGUUUUCGCAUUAGCUCCCCCAGACUUCCUGGGGGCCAGUCUGAGAAAGUCCUCAAAAACUCUUGAGUUCAGUACAUGUCUGAAAGCAGUGUAAAAGAUGUGGCUGUAAAAUGUUAUUUAAAUGUUAUAAGAAAUAAUAUUCAAGCUCAAAUGUUAAUAGUGUCAUGUUUUUUUUAACCACAUGUCAUGUUCUUCAUCAACCAACACCAUCUUUGGGUCAGUCAUUGGAUUUGUUUUUUAAUUUGAAAUGUUUCAGUUUAGGCAAGGUGGAACUAAUUUAUCCGGUCUGUGCUAUUUCUUUUAAACACUUCAGUUCUUACAUUGUACAACCUUGUUGCCUAAGUUCUUCCUGUGAGGGUGUGGGAACUUGCAUGGGUCUUAAUUUAUCCCAUCGUUUCGAACUUGUCUCUCUUCCUCUGUUUGUUUGUGUGUCUGUAUAUGUAUAUAUGAAUGCUGGUGUUAUUGUGUUUGGACAGGAACCUGUCAGUGAGACAGUGUUGUUUGACAGUUUGGGAUAGAUCAUAAAACACACACAGUAUUGUUUUAAACCACGUUUUAGUGUCCAGUUUUUGGUACUAUUUCAUAUUGUAUUGUAGAAAUAAACAAUACUUUUCAACAUAUAAAGAAAGAAAAAAUGGGUAUCAAUGACAUUUUGUGAUGUACAGAAUAAUCCUUAGAAAAAAAUAUGUCUAUCUACAUGUACCUGAUUAUUUAGCUCUUAAAGGUAAAUUUAAAGGGAUUAUAGUCACUCAUGUUGAAGUUAGAAAUGUUGCUAACAAUGUUCGAUAAAGGGGCCGGUCUUUGUGGAGUUUGUCAUUAUGGCAAACCGCACAGAUUGCCCCUUUAUGACUUGCAUUUUUGUAUGGUUGCAGGCCUGGAGUAUAUCUCUCUCCCUCGUGUUGUGAGAAAGAGCACUAAAGUCCACUCUGUCAUGCUGUCUUUGGUUGGCAGAGCAAACUGUAUGAUUGAAUCAUGUCAUGUUGUCCUGCCAACUAAAUGUUGAAAUGUUGCUGAGAAAUGUUGAAAAAAAAAUCGUAUCUACUAUUGCAUGGAAGUUCACUGGUUAUUCGACCGAUUGUUAUUAUUAGGAAAGGUUGUAUGUUAAAAUGCAUUGGCCAUGUACGUAUGUGAUUUAAGACAACUUGUACACUUGUUUUAAUUAUUUGUCUUAUUUUUUAUUACUUGUGUGGUGACAUAUUUAAAGUUUUUGUAAACUAAAUACAAAUGUCUCUGUAAAGUGGUUGUGCUUUCUGUCAUGAUUUAAU